GUGUUCCUUUUUCCGCCGGGUUCCCGGUUUCCUGGCGGGUGAGCGACGCCGGCUCCUGACAGUUUACCUUCCACCGCGGCUGGGCCUUUGUUCCGGACGCUCGCUCCGCAGAUCCCAGCUCCUAGGGCCGCUGCUCCGGCCCGCACGCCUCCACCGGCGACAGACCCAUGGCUGAGCGCGGGGACCUCGACCUGACCGGCGCCAAACAGAACACGGGAGUGUGGCUGGUCAAGGUUCCUAAAUAUUUGUCACAGCAGUGGGCUAAAGCCCCUGGAAGAGGCGAAGUUGGGAAACUGCGGAUUGCCAAGAAUCAAGGAAGGACAGAGGUGUCAUUUACUUUGAAUGAGGAUCUUGCAAAUAUUCAUGAUAUUGGUGGAAAACCAGCUUCAGUCAGCACUCCUAGAGAACAUCCAUUUGUCUUGCAAAGUGUUGGAGGACAGACAUUAACAGUAUUUACUGAAAGUUCAUCAGAUAAGCUCUCAUUGGAAGGAAUAGUGGUACAAAGAGCUGAGUGUCGACCUGCUGCCAGUGAAAACUACAUGAGAUUAAAGAGGUUGCAAAUAGAAGAAUCAUCCAAACCUGUAAGGCUUUCACAACAACUGGAGAAAGUUGUAACAACCAAUUACAAACCUGUUUCUAAUCAUCAAUACAAUAUUGAAUAUGAAAGGAAAAAGAAAGAAGAUGGAAAGCGAGCUCGAGCUGAUAAACAACACGUUUUAGACAUGCUGUUUUCAGCCUUUGAGAAACAUCAGUAUUAUAAUCUUAAGGACUUGGUGGACAUCACAAAACAACCUGUGGGGUACCUGAAGGAAAUCUUGAAAGAAAUUGGUAUUCAGAAUGUAAAAGGGAUCCACAAAAACACAUGGGAGCUGAAGCCAGAGUACAGACAUUAUCAAGGAGAAGAAAAGAGUGAUUAAGAAGACUCCCAGCCAGCAUGCUAAUGGGACAACUGAAGGGUGAUGCUAAGCAAAGGCCAAUGAUUCUGGAAUGCUUGACCACCAUAUGUUAAUAGGGGUAAAUGACUGAUACUUUCACUACUCUUGGUAAAUAUUUUAAACCUAUAAUUCUUGUAAAGUUUCUUAAGUGUUUUUUGAGGGGAAAGAACAAAUUUAUUUAUAGAUUUAACUUGUAUUAAAAUAGAUUAUUCAUGAUGGGUAUAGGGUUAGGGAGUUAAGAGAGGUUUUUGUUUUAAGUAUUAAUUUUUAAAGUGUAAAAUUAGGGUAUGUUUUCUAAAUUAGGACUCUGUCCUUCCUGUAUCUCUGAGGAGCCAAGGUAAUGCAGAUCCAAAGUGAAUAAUAUAGCAAGAAAAACAACAGUCAAUUACAGACCCUCUUUAAAGGAAUAAAAAGCCAAAAAGUUUCAUAUUCUGAAAUUAUCAAGAACAAAGCUGUCUUUUUUUAACAGGUGAUCAUGUUUCACGUUCAAACACACAUUAAUAAAAGGAGAGCAAUUUAAGUUUAUAGU